AUGCCUCAUCAUAUCAGGAUUUAUGUCAUCCCAACUUUACCGCAGAACAAAGGUUGGACUAGUGAAAAUAAUUAUAUUGAUGAAAUCAUUAAGGAAACAAUUUAUAAUGCAAAAUUAAAAUAUCAUAAUGGAUUUUAUCCAUUAUUUCUUGAAUGGAUUCCAUUUGAUAAAUUCAAAGAUAUGAAACAAAUUGGCGAAGGUAGAUUUUCUAAAAUUAAAACACAUUGGAAUCUCUACAACUUGGAAAGUAAUUCUCUAAAAUUUUAUAGAAUAACCAAAGAUUCAGAAACUAAAGAAUUUAUUUUUGGCGUAAUUACGACAGAAUUAUCAUCUGGAAAACCACCUUUUCAUAAAAGAAAACAUGUUACUAGUUUAGUAGUAUUAGAAAUGUGUAACGAAUUUGGAAUAGAUGUUGAUAAAGAAGAAACAAGUGAUGACUAA